AACUACACUAUAUGAAAAGUUACAAAUUCAAGUGGUGAAAAGGUUUGAAAAUAAUCAGUAAUAAGAGGAAAAGAGGUGAGGGUUUUAGUCAACAUUUUAUCAAAUGUAGUAAAAGUGUUUAUGUUAGUGGUGGUAUUGCCCCACAUACACUAAUUGUCGACUCCACCACAUUACGAUUAUCUUCUCUAAAAAUUAAAUACUCAUACAAAAUAUCUCAAUAAAUAGAACUCAACCUUGGCGUGUGUUCUCCACACUCCACCGAUUUUCUCCACUUUCAUUUUUAGUCUUUCUCAUUUAACAAAACAAACCAAAACCAAAAGAUUUAAGUUUAACCAUGGCAUCUCACAACACCUUGAACCUAGACAUGGAGGAAAAUCAAGAAAAGGCUUUUGACUACUCCAAACGAGCUCAAUGGCUACGAGCCGCCGUGCUCGGUGCGAACGACGGUCUAGUCUCGACGGCUUCACUUAUGAUGGGUGUUGGUGCGGUCAAGCAAGACGUCAAGAUCAUGAUCUUAACUGGUUUUGCCGGUUUAGUGGCCGGAGCUUGUAGCAUGGCGAUCGGAGAGUUUGUCUCCGUUUACUCUCAGUAUGACAUAGAGGUGGCUCAGAUGAAGAGAGAGACCGGAGGAGAGGUAGAGAAAGAGAAACUCCCGAGCCCAACCCAAGCGGCUGCAGCAUCUGCGUUAGCGUUUUCUCUCGGGGCGAUGGUGCCGUUAUUGGCGGCUGCGUUUGUGAAAGAGUAUAAAGUGAGGAUUGGAGUGAUUGUGGCAGCGGUUACGUUGGCGUUAGUGAUGUUUGGAUGGUUAGGGGCGGUUUUGGGGAAAGCACCAGUGGUUAAGUCGUCGCUUAGGGUUUUGGUUGGAGGAUGGUUAGCUAUGGCCAUUACGUUUGGUUUUACAAAACUCAUUGGGUCACAUGGUCAUAUGUAUGUGUGAGUUUACUGACAUGUGUGACCAAACUCACUCUUCUUCAUGUUUCAAUGUUUUAUGCUUCAAGUCUAUAUAUAAACUGAAGAAAAAAAUGUCUAGUUUGAUAUUCCUUAAUAUGAUUUCCAUAUAAAUUACUGAAUUCUCAUGAAUCCAUCAAAGACAUGCAUUUUAUAUAUUUUAAUUUAUUUCAACAAAAAAUAUUAUUAUUUAAAACUUUUAUGAGACUGUAUAUAUAUUUUAACUCAUCAGCUUUAUCACUAGAAGUUAAAUCUAACUACUAUGCUUUUAGUUUCUACACGACUCAACCUCUAG